AUGUAUCCCUUCAAGAGCAUCUCAAAAGCUGUGAUGCCGUCUCUCCGGGCUGCUCAAGUCUCUAUGGCUUUUCCGAAGGCUCAUAGUCUGCCAAACCUUCAUGCAGCCCAAGCCCCUCCUGUGAAGCUGUCUCCAGGCAAUGGCUACACCUGUCAAAAGUCAGUCUUGCAGGGACAACCUGACAGCAGUGCUUUGAUACCAAAAGCCAAACUGCCCACUCCCUGUCCCUAUCCGACGAUAUACAUUCCAAACCCACGCCAGUACACCAAGGAAGAAUACGCCGAACUGGCGCUCCACUUCGAGAACCGCGUCAAGGGUCAAUGGAAGAAAGUUUGGUUUGGCCUGUACCAAGUCGAGGGGGCAAAAGAAUCCACGCACGCUGCUGAGAUUCGGAAAUUGUAUGCUGGCGCAGGAAUGGGAGAGUCACUUCGCAAACCAGGUAACCAAGACACUACCAUAUACUUUCGUGGGUAUUGGGAGUUUACUGGUUUGGGACGACUCUCUCAUGUUCUGGUUGAAUCUGGUCCUACCGAUUUCUGGCCCGUGAUCGGACGGUUGAAGAUGUACGACGGGAUCGCUCUGGAUAAUAUGCAGUUCAUUUCCAUCAUGUUGAAGGAGUACGAGAAACAGGUCGAUCAGCUAUCGGAGCUCUACCAGUUUUUGGAAGGGAUGCAAAUCCCGCACCAUGUCGAGCCGACCGAGGAGCACAUCAAAACGGUGAUGCACGGCUUUCGUGAGCGGUCGGGUAAUAUUGCGCAAGCGUUGAUAGAUUUGGAUUUGGAGAUGGGAGCUAUGCAGCGGAAUAUCAACCAGGAGGCGGCGCAGCUUCAUGGUAGUAGUCUUGAGCGAGUUGAGACGCUGCAUUUCCGGAAGGAGGUUCUCAAGCCUUGA